AGACCCAGAGAACAUCACAAUUGAACAGCCUGUCGGGAUAAACUUUUCUCGAGGUACAGUUUUUACGGGGGCCGGCGGUGCAAGUUGGCAGUGUUCAAACGUGAGGGUGGGCAUUGAAGGGCGUUGCUAUCAUGCAAUCGUGACACAAAUGAUGGCCGAACUAACGCUGACCCAUCUGAGAUGUGCUAUAAGUUUCAUCGAUUGAUCCCCUGAUCAGCCGCACUUCCAGUUCAUCAUGUCGGCUACGGAGGAAGAGGAGCUUCAAGCUUUGUACGACAGCCUCCGCCAGAUCCGUCUAGUCAACUAUGUUACGAUAUCUUGUGUGGCGCUGCUCGUCCAUGACAUCCUAACCAACCUUGACAGAGAGAUUCCCCUUAUCUGGAGAUAUUACCACAACACCAAUUAUGAAGAGCACACUUCUUGGCGUGGCAGAGCUCGCCGCACCCUAGUUCAAGCUCUUUUUAUUUUUGGCCGUUACUACGCUCUUUUUUACCUUGUGGGAUAUUUUGCUGUGAACAACCACCAGGGCUUCUCUGUACCUUUGUGCGCAUUUACAUGGACAGGUUUGCAGAUACUUACUAACCAUUUCACGCCGCAAGCUGCAAGGUUUACUACUAUUAUCUCACUUUUGGAGGGGAAAUAUUAUACUCGGCGCUCGUCAACGUUAUCCUAGUGAUCCGCCUCAAUGCCAUGUACCAAAUCUUCCAUGGUAAGGAAGGAUUACGAAAACAUCAAAUCUUCCUCGCGUCUGUGGUCAUCAGUGAGAUAUGAUUUGUCCUACUCGUACGAAUGUUGAUUACCCACCAUCUCUAAACCAGUUGAAUCUUU